AUGAGUUUGACUUUCCUCAUAGGCUUCGGCCAGAUCAUACCCCCCGCUUUUAUCGCCAAUAUCAAGAUAUCUUGGUCUGACGAUGCCUACGAUCAUCUCGAUGCUGCUGCCGCUCGAUACCCGAAUGUCCCGACUUCUAUUCUCAAGGCCGCCACCGAAGAGAUUGCGUUCCGAAGUGCUCGUCGCCUCGGCGCCCGCUGGGUACAGAUCCGCUGUUCGUUCCAUGAUGAAACGCGUGUCACGAACAUGGCAACCGAGAUAAGGAGCCGUGUUAAAGAUGGACGGCACAUCACCCUACGCAUGGGUGAGCCAAAGAUGUCAGCUCAUGUUUACGUGGACCGAACACAAUGGGAAGAAGGGAAGUUCGAGAUUGUGGGAGAAGGCGUCGUUUUGAGCCACGGAGAUGGGGAGAUAAGCCAGUCACUUUCCACUGGUAUCUUCCGGUACGACAGCACUGGAAACCCCGCCUAA